AUGGAUAAAUUUCACCAGUUAUAUAUAGAUAUUGAGACGGCCACUAGUUUAACUGAUUUGCGUAGUAUAGACAUUGAAGUUUACGACCAAGAACAGGUUCCUAAUCUGGGUAAAUGGGACAGGAUGAAAGUUAGAAAAGAUAAUAAGGAAUUAGCCUUGUUUGAAACGGCUUUUGAAGGGGCCGGAGCCGGACCGAGCGCCAAAGACGGAGUAGAGGAAAGAAAAGUUUAUGAUAAUGGCUGGACGGAACCAGACGAGAUUGAUAAGCCGGAUGGCUUUUUCAGCAUUUACCCACACGUAAAUUAUCAAAUCCCGAGCACCGAGACUUUAAAGGAUAUUUGGAUUAAGGCAGAGGUGAAAAAAGUUAAAAAAGAGGAAUUAGAUAAGGUUAAAAAGUUAUUAGAUGACAUUAGACGGGAAAAUUCAGCCAGCAAUUUACCCGCUAAUUAUGCUGAUUUUCAGGCCGGAAUUAUAGAAAAUUUACCCGACGACCAUACUCUCCCGGAAGAUUAUCGAAAAUCUAAAAUAAUAGCACUUUAUCAAGAUUAUCAUUUCAAGAAUGUUGGCGGUGCGGCUGAUACUUUUGUCGGAAGCAACAUUUUUCAGCCCGACGUCAGAAAAAAGGUUCUGGCUUACCGAAAACAAGUUCCUGAUAUAUUUGGCGAACGAGAAAUCACCGGAGCCGAGGCCGGCCAAAUCUAUAAUAAUGGCUGGGACCCUGCGGAAAUUGAUAUUGAUUUCAUUGAGGGAAUUACCGCUAUUCAGAAAUUCAAAAAUGGUGCUAGUCUAUCAUUAACCGACCAGCAAAUAUUAGAGUAUCUAAAAUUAUGUCCUAGUUCUGAUAGUGGUUUAUUCCUAAUGUUUAUUCCUCCCCAAGAGGCUCCCACGAUUAAUACUUAUUCUUCAUACGGACAAACCGACCAGGAUUUAGAUGCGUUAACCAUUGAUAGAGAGGAAUUAGAUAAAGUUAAUUCUAUAAUAAAACAAAUAAAUGAUGCUAAAAGUUUAAGUGAUUUACCGGCCGAGACAGAUAUUAAUAUAAUGAAAUAUGAAGAAAAGAAAGUUCCAGCAACGAAAAAUUAUGCGGCUAUUAAAAACCAAAUAAAGGACAAAAAAGCCCAAUUAGACCAAGAUGCGGCCGACCUAACCGCUCGCCACGAUGCUAUUCAAGCGGUGGAGAAAAAUCGUCUUAUCUCUCUCAUUAAUGAAGCCAAAAUUAAACCUGACAUUACCGAAAUUGAGGCAGAAUUGAAUAAAAAACCUGUCGUUUCCAGCAGCGAACUUAAAAACUCGGAUUAUCAAACAGAAAUGAUUAAUUUGGAUGAUAGCCAACGAGCGACCCAAAAACAAGAAAUAAUUAAGGAAAUUAACCAGAUUAGAGAAAAUAAAUUAGAAAAAGUUCGGCAAAUAAUCACCCAAGCACAAAAUAUUUUCAAUAAAGAUGCUGCUACUAAGAAAGAAUUGGAGCAAGUUAUUAAUGAUUUAAAUACUUUGGCUAAUGCUCCCAGUGAUAGUGCCGAAAAAAUAAUUUGGACGGAAAAAGAAACCGAAAAUAAAAAAUUAUUAACUGAUUUGGAAGCCAAGUUAAACACUAAUUUUCCUCCCGAACCGGAAAAAGAAGAACCGAAUGAAAAACCGGAAAUUCCCGCUCCCCUAACACCGCAAGAAGAAGCCGAAAAAUAUGGAUCAGAUUUUGCUAAUUUAAAACCUACUCAGCAAGAGGGACGAAAAAAGAUU